ACAUGGAUAAUGCAUCCACUCGUUCACCAGCAAAUACAGCGCCUCCACAAGCUGCCAAGCACGCUCAGAGAAAUUGCACUCGCCGCCACCCGUCCUGACUGCUCCGACUUUGAAUACCGGAAGUUCACCCAUCGCUUUGUGACCGUGAACGACGACGGCAUUCGGGCUGCUCUUUCCGCCGUUUUCUUUGCCGUUCUGGAUCCUACACGUAUACCACCUGCCGCCGAGCUCGAGACACUUUCGCAGACUACGAAGGCUUGCAUCGGAAGGGCAUUAAUAGUUCUACACAGCCUGUUUGUGUCAACCACAGAGAAAGAGCUCCCUGGCGAAAUAGUUGAACUUUGUCCCCUCGUCAUCGAAUGGGUGGAGUUCAUCCACAAGUUCCACGACCAUCUGGCGGCAGACGACAUGCUCGGAAGGAUAAUCAACUUGAAGAGUGACCUCUCUCGUUCGCAGCUGCUCGUUUCCUUCCUGCGAUUUGGUCGUCUGGUGGAAAGCAAAUGGAUGAAGGAUAACCUAACCGAUCACAGUGACGAGCAGACCAACGAGCUUUGGACGACACCUACCUUCCUCUCUCUCCUUGUCAGUGCCUGGUCGCAAGGUGUCCGAGCCACGCCCUAUGCCGACAUCGAUUUCGUCCUUAGCUGCAUACUCCUGUCUCCACAAUCCAUUGACUCGACGAAACUUGACAUCCUCAUCGGCGCUGCUGGUGGCACGGUGGACAGUCUUGUUUGCCUCAUCAAGGCCCACAUAGAGUUCACAUGGGACAAUUUCCCACUUAUCCGCACCCACCCGCCCACUCUUGUGAUUUUCCUGUCUCAUCCUUUGCUGUUGCUCGUCCGUGCAAACAACGUGAUGAUGGAACGCGACCCGCUCCGCCGAGAUAUUGGAGACAAUCUCUUCGCACAUGGGUUUAUGUCACACGUCCUGCGAAUACUGAGCACCGUUAUGGACUUACAACGGGAAAGCGACUCUCAAUUGUCAUCAUUCAAGUCUGCUCCCGCAUUUCAGACACUCUGCUCAGUGGUCGACGUAACGAAUAUCAUCAUAUCUACCGGUCCUCGUGCGCUGCGUCUAGCACUCCGCCUCGACGCUCUUCCUCGUAUGCUCGAAACCGCGCGUUUCCUCCCGGAUGAGCUGCUGUUAGGAAGUUUGACGAGAUUGCUCAGCAGUCAAGUACCCCUCGGGCUGCUGUACCGAUCCACGCUCCCCCUCAUCAGCGCAUCACUGGAUGCGAUUGAAAAGUCCAGUCUGCUAAAGAUCUUGAAUAAUCCAGCCUCGCCACUGGCUCCAAUCUAUGCUACUUUAAAAGAAUGGGCUUCGCGUCAAGAGGAAAUCCUCGUCAAAAGUCGCCAGCGACUGCUGGAGCAAGCUGCCGCUUGUGAUCACCCCCCUUGCAACCGCAUCGGUCGACGGGCAAACUUCAAACGAUGCUCGGGCUGUUAUUUACGCCGGUACUGCUCCAAGAUAUGCCAAAAGAGUGACUGGCGCGACGGCAACCACCGUUCAACAUGUGCAGCCUCAAGAGUGGAAUACACCAAUUUGCACAAUAUGUUCUCGCGCGCCCAACUUGCGUUUUUCCGCGUCACGUUGCACACCUUCUACCGCGACAACCUACCCGAGUUUCACUGCUUUGGGGGCUUUAGCCGUGUUGAAACCGUGAAGACACUCUCCCGUGCGGGUGCCGACCCGCGACCUGUUAUGCUGACGAUAGUAAACUACCGGGAGGGUUUGCCCAAGAUCAACCAAAUUAUAAUCAAACCCGCGACCGAGUUAAGCGAUGCUCUGCGGGACGAGCUGCUCCGCGACAUCCCCACGCUUGACGACUGGAUCGACCGCGCGCGGCGGAGUAACGGGCGGAUGGUGCUCCACAUCAUGAUCGUCCCAGUCGGGAUUUACAAGUACACCAUCGUCGUCCCGUUGCGGAUGACUAUGUCUUUUUUGGAGGAUGCGGCGCUCCGAGCAGCACGGGCUGUGGGCCCAUUAACCAAGGAAGCAGAUUCUCUGAAGCUAGUGAAAAUAUUUGGGGGGAGCUCGCCGCCUCGGGGGACACUGGCAGUCAUUCACCAGUAG